AUGAGGAAUUCACUGGUUGCUAUCGGUUUGAGUCAAUAUGGGAUAAGUGUGUUGAAUGUGAGGAAAAAAAUAAAAGUGAAAUCUAAAAAGAAAAGAGAUUUUUGCAGAGUUUAUUCAUGUUUUAUUAUGUAAAAGUGUAUAUAAAUGAAUUUCACAUCAAUAUUUGGUGGUUCGGAGUUGCACAAACACUAUUCGCUAUAUGGAACACGUUGAAUGAUCCGCUCUUCGGAUAUUUGCAAGAAAUCCGCUCGAGCUGGUUUCACAAUCGAUUUUUGGUGAUCAAAACCUUCUCGAUUUUCCUGGCCGCCAGUUUUGUGUUUAUGUGGAUUCCGUGGAAUAAGGAGGGUGAAGAUAGCGAAGGAAUCCAUCUGAUUUUGUCGCUUUUUCUCUUUGACGCCUUUUUCAGGUGAAUUUCAGAGGGUUUGGGUAGUUUUUCACCAAAAAUUUCAAAUUUUCAGCGCGAUCGGAGUUGCCUGGGGUGCAUUAUUUGCUGAAACGACCAAAGGAAACCCCAAAAAUCGAGUAAAAGCUCUGAAAAUCUCGCAAAUCGCUAUACUUUUAUCAGUUUUAGCCAUCCCGUUCAUGGAAUAUUUUAGCGCGAGUUUGAAGAAUUUCGAAAAUUUUCAAAUUGCCGCCUUCGGAUUUGCGUUAAUUUCAGCAAUUUGUCUGUUUUCAGUCAAAGGGAAUUCGGAAAUGGAAAAGGAGGAAUUAUUGAUUGAAAAAAAUGAUGAGGAAGAAGAGGAAAAUGAUGAGAAGAAGGAAUUGUAAGCUUUUGGGAUAGCGAUUUUUGAAAUCACCGUGAAAUUUGGGUCUAGGGGGUGUUUUUUUUGGAAAAAAUACACCGGAAACGCGUCAGCACCUGAAAUGCGUCAGCGAAUAGUUUUGAAGGCCUGGGAUUAUCAAAAUAGUGAUUAACACGGUGAGCACGUUAUUUUGCGCUCAAGAACGACUAGUUUUAGCGAUGCACCAAAAACGCGUCAGCAAAUGGUAUAGGGUUUGCUGACGCAUUUUUGGUGCAACUCCGAAAUGGCUCGUGUUUGGGCUCAAAAUGAUGUACAAGGCUUGUUGUUGAUGGUAGAAUCAUUCAAAAAGCAUAAAAAUUACUCAUUGCACCACAAAUGCGUCAGCAAGGGUUGCUGACGCAUUUCUGGUGCAACUCCGAAAUGGCCCGUGUUUGGGCUCAAAAUGAUCCAUAGAAUUCGCUGAUGAUGAUAGGAGUGAUGAAAAUUCAAGAAAUUUUCAUUGACGUGUUUUCGGUGCUGGCGCAUUUCUGGUGCAUCGUCAAAAUAUGUCAUGUUUGGGCUCAAAAUGAUCCUUAUAGCCUGCCAAAACCGAAUUUUCCAGAAAUCUCCGACAAAUCCUUCAAAAUUCCCUCCAAAUAACCCGCCAAAUCCUGCGCCAACCCCAAUUCUUCGCCAUCGUUUUCACCAAUUUCCUGCAAACCGCUCGAAGUAUUUUGCAUUUGAAUUUCGCCGCAAUCAUCACCGAACUAUUGAUUUCUCAAGACAUUUUGCCAUCCGGAAGUCUGAAAUUAUCGAUUUUCUUCGCAAUUCUCAUAAUUGCACCACAAAUUCUAUUGAUUUUCGCGCUGAAAAAUGAGCGAUUUUUGGCUGAAAUUGGAGCCGUCAGAAUUGUCAAAAUCAGCUUUUUGGUGUCGAUUUCCAGUGGAUUUUUGUGGUAUUUUUCAGCCAAUUCGUAUUUUGUUAUGGCAUUUAUGCUCAUUGAUUGGUGAGUUUUUUUCUAUAAAAAUUUUCAUGGCGAUUUUCAAAAUCAGCGUAAAAUUUGGGUCUAGACAAACGUUUUCUAGAGCUCUGGGGGUAUUUUUUGGAAAAAUGCACCGGAAACGCGCCAGCACUCAAAAUACGCCAGCAAGUGAUUUGAAGGCUUUGCAAAUAUCAAAAUAAUAUUCAGCAUUGUCUCCCUAUUAUUUUGCACCCAAAAACGAGCAGAUUCAGACUUGCACCAAAAAUGCGUCAACAAGGGGUUUAGGGGUUGCUGACGCAUUUCUGGUGCAACUCCGAAAUGGCUCGUGUUUGAGCUCAAAAUGAUCCAUAGAAUUCGCUGAUGAUGAUAGAAGUGUUGAAAAUUCAAGAAAUAUUGAUUGACGUGUUUUUGGUGCUGACGCUUUUCUGGUGCAACUCUAAAAUAGAUCAUGUUUGGGCUCGAAAUGCUCCUUAGAGCUUGCUGAUGAUGAAUUUCCACACCCUGAGCUGAAAUUCCAGAUUUCCAGCCAAAAAAAUCUGAAAAUUUCAGCCUAACCGUACAUUCAAUUGCUCCGCUCUUCAAUAUAAUUCUAUCGGAUUUUGUCGAUGAAGAUGCGAGGAAAAAUCAUCGAAAGUGAGUUUUUCGCCGAAAAAUAGCUGAAAUUCAGCGAUUUUCAGCCAAUUUUGGCUGAAAAUCCCACAUUUUUCACCAAAAAACCCUAAAUUUAAUUUCAGAUCCGGUGUCGCCUCAAUAAUUUUCAGUCUCAACGCAGUUUUCAUCAAACCCGCCCAAUCGUUGGCUCCAAUUUGCGCGGUUCUAAUUCUCAACUCAUUUGGCUAUCAAAAAUAUCUCGAAACGAAAUUGGCUACAGUAGUCCUGAAGAAUGCGGCUGCCCGUAUUCUAUUUUUGACGCCUGUUAUUUUGGGAACCGCCCAAUUUUGGAUUUUACAUUGGUUUUCGGGGAAAAGAGGAAAAUUGGCAAGGAAUUUGGAUGUUUGA